UUCAGGUUUAAAGCAGCACUCACCGCGCUGAAGUCUCAUUCACCCUGGUGAUUUGGAAGAGAGCAGAUCGAGAACAACUAGAGCUGUAAGACCGAUAUCUUACUUUACGUCUACCAUCAUGAGUGUGAUUGCAAAAGUCAUGAAGAUCGAGCUGACUAUGACAGGUCACAUCAACAAAAAGCACCAUUUCAAGAUUACAGGAACGGGAGAAGGCAAGCCUUUCGAAGGAACACAGACUAUAGACCUUGUAGUCACAGAAGGCGGUCCUCUCCCUUUCGCUUUCGACAUCUUGACAACAGCAACCGAGUACGGCAACAGGGCGUUCACCAAAUACCCAUCAGACAUACCGGACUUUUUCAAGCAGUCGUUCCCUGAGGGAUUUUCUUGGGAGCGAACCAUGACUUUCGAAGAUGGAGGCGUUUGCACCGUGACAAACAACAUAACGUUAGUAAGAUGUAAAGUUAAUGCUUCCUACCGGGAGCCUACAUUGUAUUUGUGCAUGGUCUUACUCAUUAAGUUUCAAUUCUUUUUCAUUAGAAUGGAUGGUAACGUUUUUAAAUAUGACAUUAAAUUUAUUGGCGAGAACCUUGACACAGACGGUCCAAUUAUGAAGAAAAAGACGCUGAAAUGGGAGCCAUCCUGUGAGAGUAUGUAUGCUGGCAAAGGCGGAGUUCUACAGGGAGAUGUUUUCAGGCAUCUGUUGCUUGAAGGAGGCGGCCAUUACCGAUGUGAUUUCAGAACUACUUACACGUAAGUUUCUAUGCGUUUAAGUGAUUUGAUGACUCGGAAAAAAAUGUUAACGGCAAAAAAUUAUAAAGAUAUUUCUGUGAUAAAAUGUCAUGAGAUAUUAUGAUAAAAGGAAACUCGAGACUCAAAUAAGACUCAAAUUAAUGGGAUAACGAAUAAAAAUAAAUCAAGAUCAGAGUUGCCAGAUAAUUUUAGGAAAGACGGUAACACAAUUUCUGAUCCUAUCGUCACGGCCAACAACUUUUAAUAGCAUUUUGUUAACAUACGACCUAAGGUAGCGGAAAGAGUAACAAUAAGCCAUUAGAAUUUUAAGUUUUUUUUCAGAGGGUAGUCGGGACGAGAGAAACUGAUCAAAGUUAACAAAUUAGGUGGCUAUGAUGAAUUCCUUUCCAUUACCCUCCGCGGAUCUUGGAUAAAAUUCAGUAUGAUGAAAUGCCCCAAAACGUUUUAGAGCGGGCUGGAAAAUCUGUUAGCGCGUUGCCCAUUUUUUUCAAACGAAUGAAGCAUGUCAGGAAAGCUAGCGAGCGGUAACAAACUUUACUGGAGCGCGAAGCUUAAUUUUAGACUGAAAACCAGAUCAGUCACUAAUUGAAAUGGAUAGAUAAUGCGCCGCUUUUCGU